AUGUGGAUGCCUCUCUGUCUUCUCAUGUGUCUGGCCGUUAUCAUCAUGGGCGUUGCGGCAGUCGAUUUUUGUCCCGAGGAUGGUAUUUUGUACCGUAUUGCAGUCGGGGAUACGGUGUAUGGUCACGUCAGCAGUCCGACCGGUGAGUCGUGCGCGCUCGCGUCACUGCGCAUACUUGUUCCACCUCCUCCGUCAAACCUUCUCCUGCUGACCGGCGGGUGGCAGUAUCUUUUUGGCGCGGUGGUCGAGGGUGCGCUCCCCGCUAAAGUGACAUUUUCAAUUAUUGCUCUCUGCGACGGUAUUGAGGUUUGCCGCGCAAAUAUUCGCUGUGAAGUUGACCUGAACGCCUCGACGGAUGUCCCUCCGACGCCUACGGAGUCUUCAACAACCACGACCACAACGAAAACGCCAUUGUACCCGCCGUGCGCUGCAUCUCAGGACGAAUAUCAACUGGUGAUUUUGCCUGGUAAACCGAAUAUUGCAACAUUACCUACCAGCGCUGUACAAGUGUUCUGUCCUGUUGGCCUCCAAGCAUCCAUCACCCAGCCCGUAAUUGGUUCUGCUGCCGUGCUGGGUCCAAAUUCCUUGCAGUUUGUGUAUGCUUCUCCGGAUGACGAAGUGGAAGCGAACAUCACGCUCCCCUAUGAAGUUAAGUGUGACAGGAAAGUGAUAUGUGCAGGCGUGAUGAGAAUUUGGCUUCACGAAAAUAUUUUACGGUGCCCGAAGGAUCACCUGUUGUACGAUGUGAAACCGGGGGCACGACUAAAUGCGACCCUCGAUACUGGUGCCUCGUGUGGUGGUGCUCUGCGUGCGCGUCUUCGAACGCGGAAUGCUGCAGACAUCAAGUUUCAUGAUGGGGUAUCCUUUACAUUCAAUGCGUCCGGUAAAGAAGAAGAUGUGAUCUUAAACGCUCGUUUGUAUUGCGAUGACGUGACUCUCUGCGAUGUUACAUUUGCCCUUAUCGUCACAAAUGAACCACGGCCGAGCCCUACAGAAGCCCCACAUACAGAUUCUACUCCGGCUCCAACUGCCGCUCCUAUUGCCAUUUGUAACGAGCAGUUUAAUUUCACUGUACCGGUAGGAACAGAGUUGCGAGGCAAAUUGCACGUAGAGGUCGAUGGAUGCAGCCUUGUGACGUAUCAUCAGUCUCUUUAUUCCUCCAGCAAGAACCUUCAAUUAAAUAUUAUUGGCGAUUUUGUUUACUCGGCCCCAGCGGAGGAAGCUGUUGAUAAGCUUCCAGUUGAUGUUUCAUGCGUCAUUAAAUUUUGGUGUCGUACUUACAUCACAAUUACUUCUUACAUCGAUUUGACGCCGACAGAUUCUUCCACUACUCCAGCACCAACCACUGUGCCCGUCCCGGCGUGUGCUAACGUGUAUUAUUACCAAACGGCGCCUGGUGUUGCCUUAAGCGACUCUCUUAACGGCAUGCCGGGGCAGGACCCAUGUGCAUAUGGUCGCUAUUUUUCUUUGAUUCUUCCGCCUAGCGUGGGAAAGCUGGAUUUGACUCCUAUUGGUGACUUUCUUUAUCGUCCCGAAAGAAAUGAGGGGUCAUGCCACUUUUCCUUUAGCAUGUAUUGUCUUAAUAAACUGUAUUGUCAGGGCAAUGCCUACAUUCUUGUGAGCAUUGAACGGACAUUACCUCCAAGUGGUGGUAAGAACGGGAGUUCCACUCCUGCGCCGUCGCCCCCAAGUGAGGUGAAAAAUAAACAGAUUAAAUGCCGAGGGACAUGCAAUGAAAAAGCAUGGAAAACUUAUCCUAACCCGGCGAUAUGGGAUAAUUCACCUGGUGCUGGUUACGCACGGCGUGACGGUCACGCUGUCGAUGAGAUUCAGGUGGCUUGGAUGAACAACUCUAUCGUUAUUACUGUGUACACAAUUAUCGGCAACCUUGGUGUGCGCUUUCCGACCUUUGAACCUCUUAAUCGCACUGUGGGAAAGUACUUUGAGCCGGAAGAUUUUGAGGGGGUUGUACAGCCAUCGUCGCUAGGUUUUGAGCUGAGCUGCUUGGCCAAUCAAGGCUCCAUUGGCAUGGGCGAAGAUGUGUGGCACUGGAAAACUCUUGGAAACGGGACUGGGAGUGGAUCCGUUGGGGCAUUAUACAAUAAGGGCACGUCAUGGUAUCAGAAGUUUGGUGGAAAGCACAUUGGGUGCGAUACUUUUGUUAAUUCAUGCAUUUAUGCUCCCUUGCUCACUCCUGCCUUACCCAACACCACCGUUGCUGGCCGAUGGGAAAUUGAUAUUGAUGACUGUGACGCCACAUGGACAGGGACUUUUCCAUACGCCUCCUUGGAACAGUUAAAGAAUUCUGACGGCAACCCGGUUUGGUACUUUGUUGGGGACAAGCAGAUUAAGAGUACGAUAAUAUCCGAGGCUGUCCGUGCAAAUUCUUGGAUUGAACCCGCACGGAGCUUUGAUACCCAAUACGAGGCACAUGAUGUUAUUUUUGACCUAAAGCAAUUCAUUGUGGUGAAAAAGCUAGCAACGGCACCAUUUUCGAUUGAUUCUGAAUACUUUGAGUACACAGAAAACGGAGAUUUUGCCUUUGGCGUAAAUCUAUUACUGCAUCCGUACGUGACCGAAGAUAUGAAAACAAGUUACGCAGCUGACCGUCACGUCGAGGGAUUUAAAUGGAUUACUCAGGAAUGGGUUGCUCCAAACGCGCAACAUUGUACCACCUGCAAAGGAAUUAAGUCUCACUGUAGUGCCGAAGGAAAAUUUGCGACUUCUACCUAUAUAGGUGAGUUUCCUUCGGGGGAUUGCCCACCUGGGACAAGUAUUGUUGAACUGCGUAAAGGUCCCGCUAUGGACGGUAGUAUAUGUUCACUCAAUCGGAUGCAUGUUUACAAUCGUUCUGGCUUUUCUGUUCCAAAGGGUUGUGCGACAUGGUAUCAAAACCUUACAAUUCGAGGAGUUUCUAUUGGCAGUGGGGCUCUUCCUGAUGCGUUAAAGCGAGCUUUCAGCUAUGAGGGACGUGUGAUGUUGCAGCUGUUGAUGACAGACGGAACGAAACAUGAUGUGGCCAUGGACCUAUCCAUGUAUGUGACACGUUUGUCGCAAGAUUCCUAUGCUGCACCGGGUCGUUUGGGCGUGUGUCGUGGCUCAGACUACUGGCCUGUGUUGGACCCCCUUGGCGUUUCUCUUCCUGACAGGCCGUUUGAGCUAAGUACGGCCACCCCUGGUCCACUUUGUAUUGACAUGCUUAGCUCCACUUUUGGUCCAAGUGGGUGGGCCACCGUAUUUCUUCAACUCUCCGGCGUCCUCAGUUCCCAACUGAAUGUGCACACCAUAGUUUUGAAGUACAAGAGCACCAGUGUUUUCCUGCACUAUCAAGAUCCGGCCACCGGCGCCGUGGCGAUGCCUCCAAAAACACUGGGGCAUUGGUGGCAGCAUACCCAUCCCUUUUUGAGUUUCCGUCCAUUAAUUAACAGGGUAAAGAACGACACCUUGACGAUUGGUCCAGAAUUAAAUCCAUCUGAAGUGACUGAUGUACCGUUUGCCUUUGCGUUUAUUCCUGGUGCCAUCAACAUUGAUACAAACGUGGAGAUUAUUUUGACAGCUACCAUCACAACGGAUGUUGUGAGCAAAAGUUCCUUUUGCCGCACAAUACAUGUGGACCCGAUGAUGACGCAGCGGAGCCGCUACGGACCUCCAAGGGGAGCAGACACGGAAUUACCGAAUAACAUUAGAAAGAGCGCCCUGGAAGUGGGUGUCUUUGCGGGGCUGUCGAUUGCACUGACCAUCACCGGCGUUGUAUACAUGACGAUGGACAACAAUAGGCCAUUGCCCAGGUGGGUGCCUCGUGGCAAACUUAUAAAGGAUACGGUACUCGCGGCUGUACCGGCCGGGCUUCGACCCGCAAAAAAAAAAAAGCGGAUUGUGCACAAGGACAUGUACGACGCCAUGAAGUCGGGUAGGUACUGA